AUCAAGCAAGCACUAGACAAAUUUAAUCAACAUGGUAUACACACAGAGGACAACUUGAAACGAUUAACAAAUCUUAUAACACAAAUACUGGAACAAGAACAAAGAGAAGUUCAAUUGAAAAAAGAACGGGAAGAUUCACACGUGAAGAAGGUGCAAGAAAGAUUGAAGAGUCUACAAAAUAAUACAAACAACAGUGGACCAGCUAACGUUGUUUCAACGGAUGGCAGCACCGGAGAUAAACUAUGGAAAGAGUUUGACUUCAGAAGGACCGCUGCAGUUGGAGAAUUACAUCCUAAAUCUGAAAAAGCUGAAACCUCAGGCACCGAAUCAAUCUCCUCGGAAGAGUCCAUCUACCUCAGAAAUAUCGCUGACUUGGCACUAAACUUUUGUUGCAAAGAAUAUGUACAGCAACAGGAAGAACUGGGUAGAGCACUGAGCUAUUGUCCCAUGGAGAACAGUAUAUUAAAAGACCAGACUGAAGCAGCAAAAGUCUUUCAGGAGGAACUGGAGUCUGAUGUCACACAGUAUCUAUUUCAGAAAUUUCCCCUUGAUUUGUUAAAAGACAGAGAAGGAAAAUUUGUGAUAAAAGAUAAUAAGAAAAUAGAACAGUAUUUAAAAGCUUGUGUUGAUGUGUGCUGGUAUAUACAAGUUCAUCGUAAAGGAGCUAAAUUCGAAUGGGAUAUCCCAAAAAACGCAACUAAAGAGUCAUUUAUCUGUGUUACAACUAACUGUAAAAAAAGCAACUCGUGUGAACAGAGAGUGUGCAGACCCGCCCUUUACCUGAACGGUCAGGUACUGAAUCCAGGGAAAUAUUCCUGCGUAUCUUGUGCUCCCGGUAGUAAUGAUCCUUGUAAAAAGGAGAGUACGGGGGAAAUGAAAGGAGGCACACAAAGACCAUCCUCUGCCAGAAGUGUUCUUAUUCAUUUACCUGAUGGAAAUAUGAAAGAAGCCAAAACAGAAAGCAAAGGCGAGAGCCACGAUAAGAAGAAAGGAUCUCCGAGGAAUGAGAAAUCAACUCCAGAACCGAAGAAAGGUCAAGGUCAGAAAAACAAGGGCGAAGACAAGAAAAGGAAAAAUGAAAACAAUGGUUUGAAUUUCUGACAU